CAGGUACGUCACUUCCGCGGGAGACUCGAGCUCGCCGUUUGUCGAGGGAGUUUUUGAAAACAGGGAAAAAUACGUCGUUGACAUAAAAAAAUGCGUAGAUCUGGAGCUCCGAGUCAACUCCGUGGAAAUGCUGUUAAGAAACCCAGGUUUCUGCCACCAGGGCCAGCGAAGAAUGAUGGGCCACUUUUCUCUCAUCCCCAACCAGAACCAUCCGCACCAUCACCACCAACACCCACACCUUCUUUGGGAAAUGUGCUGCUCAAUAAGGUCCAGAGGUGUUUGGGAAGUGGAGAUAGUCCAGCUGUGAGUAAUGCUCCAGUGGCCAGUAAGGCUUUAGCCAGGGUGCUGAGUGCAGUUCCUCACAGUGAAUGUAAGGAAAACGGCUCCAGUUCUUCAUCUGACUUUUCUGAAACUAAACCAGCAGAUAAAGACAGCUGCUCAACACAGCCAAACACGCUUGCCAGCUGCACAGCUACCGCACGCUAUUAUAGUGUAAUGUGGUGCAAGGCAUCAUCAAGGAAGCAUAAGCGCUGGGAAGGCGACGCUGUGCUGGUUGCCAGGGGGCGGUCUGUUGUCCUCAAAGACAUGGAGGGCCGGGACAUUGGACGAGGUUCAGGCUAUAAGGCAUCAGAGCUGGAGAGCUUGUGUGAGGGUCAGACUCUUAUGGUAGGAGGGAAGCAAAUCGAGGUCAUGGGGGUCAUAUCCGACGAAGACUAUGCCAAAGGACGUUGUUUUCAAGAUGCUGCUGUUGAGACUCCUGCAGAAACAGUUUUGAAGUCUCCUGUUUAUCGACCAGUUUCCAGAUCCUUUACCAAACCAACACUCAAGGGAGGUGCACGUACAGAUUCUGCUCCUGAAAAACCAAAUUGUAAACCCAGACAUGACCCGAAUGCACCAGGUGCCCUUGUGAUGCCGCGACCAACAACUGAUCACCAGUGGCUGUAUAAUAAAACAGGUUCUCCACUGGUGGAUGUGGUCAUUGACCCCCAUUUAACCAAUCAUCUUAGGCCACAUCAAAGAGACGGCGUGGUCUUCCUUUACGAAUGUUUAAUGGGAAUGAGAUUGCCUGGCCGCUGUGGGGCGAUUCUGGCAGAUGAGAUGGGACUGGGGAAGACGCUGCAGUGUGUUUGUGUUCUGUGGACUCUACUGAGACAGGGCCCCUAUGGUGGACGGCCAAUACUGAGGAGGGCACUUGUGGUUUGUCCAGGAAGUUUGGUCAAGAACUGGGCCGCUGAGUUCAACAAGUGGCUGGGCAGAGAGAGGAUCAGUGUUUACACUGUGGACCAGGAUCACCGUGUGGAGGACUUUGUCUCAUCUCCUCUUUGCUCCGUCAUGGUGAUCAGUUACGAGAUGCUGUUGCGCUCUGUGGACCAGCUGAAAGAGCUGGAUUUUGGAGUGCUCAUCUGUGACGAGGGUCAUCGCCUUAAAAACAGCAACAUCAAAACGGUCGGAGCACUCACAGCCCUCUCAUGUGAACGCCGUCUUAUAUUAACAGGUACUCCAGUGCAGAAUGACCUGCAGGAAUUUUUUUCCAUCAUUGAGUUUGUAAAUCCAGGAACUCUGGGAACAUCUGCAGCCUACAGGAAGGUUUAUGAAGAGCCCAUUCUCAGAUCUCGCCAGCCCACCUGCACUGAGGAGGAGCGGUGCAUUGGAGAGGAGCGUGCAGCUGAGCUCUUUCGUCUAACAGGUGUGUUUACGUUACGGCGCACUCAGGAGAUCAUUAAUCAGUAUUUAUCCGAGCGGAUAGAGUGGACCGUAUUCUGCAAACCCACUGAACUGCAGCUGCGCCUGUAUGGAGUCCUGCUGGCCACACGGCCCAUCAGAGCCUGCCUCUCUGGUGCCAGCAAACACACUUACACACACAGCCCUCACCUCGCAUGCAUCAACGCCCUCAAGAAGCUCUGCAACCACCCCGGGCUGCUCUACAAUACUUUAAAGGAAAAGCUGGAUGAGAUGUAUGAUGAUGAGAUGAUGGAACUCUUUCCUGAGGGAUACUCUACAGGUGCCUUCAGCACUGCAGACUCUGGGAAACUUCUAGUGCUAACAGACCUGCUGUCAGCAAUACAGCAUGUCAAUCACACAGACAGGGUGGUUUUGGUGUCUAACUACACACAAACUCUUGACAUACUGCAGGAUGUCUGCGAUCAUAUAGGCUAUAAAUGGUGUCGGCUUGAUGGACAGACACCUGUAGCCCAGCGACAACGAAUUGUUAAUUCCUUUAACAGCCCACACUCGUCCAACUUCCUGAUGUUACUCAGCUCCAAGGCUGGAGGGGUGGGACUAAACCUCAUCGGUGCCUCCCAUCUUGUUUUAUAUGAUAUAGACUGGAACCCUGCCAAUGACAUACAGGCCAUGGCACGAGUGUGGCGAGAUGGACAGAAGAAAACUGUUCACAUCUACAGAUUUCUUACAACAGGUUCAAUAGAAGAAAAGAUUUAUCAGAGGCAGGUAAGUAAACAGGGGCUUUCUGGGACAGUGGUGGACCUGUCCAAGAAAGCUGAGCACAUUAGCUUUUCUGCUGAGGAGCUACGGGACCUUUUCAGUUUUGACCCUAAUACCUCCUGCCUCACACAUGACCUACUGGACUGCCAGUGCACUGGAAAUGGAAACACUCCAGCAGGUUUUGUGAAGGAGAUAAAGGAGGACACCGGAAGGGCAUGUCAGCUGGGUCGUCAUUCCGACAGCGUGGUGUCAUUUCCACAACGAGUCAGCAUGUCCGAGCUCAUGCACUGGAGGCAUUUCUCUGGAGAUGUUCAGUCAUAUGAUGAUAUUUACCUAAAUCAUGCUCGUAACCACAUCACAUAUGCCUUUCAAAGCACCACUUCCACUUCCCAAACCACAGUCUAAACUCCCUAUUGCUUCCUUUUUCCUAAACACAUACAAACCCACUGCCCGCAUGCUCUAUCUUAAUAUCUGCUGUAUGAUCGAACAUUGACAUUUUUAAUAAAUCUUUUUAUGUUGAUAUUAUAUUUUGGUUGCGUGACAAACAAGUUUGUCCAUUUAAGGAACCCACUGAUUUAAAUAUGUGCUCCUUCUGUCAGAAUGAAUCAGAGCAGUACACAGAAAUAGAUUAAUAGCGCAAUCAGAAACAUUAAUAGAAGCAGACAAGGCAUCAGGGCAUCUGUCAGACGAACAUAUUCUCAAAUUAGGCUUUUUUUUUCUAGCGUAAUCAUAUCUAAUAACCAGUUUCCAUAUUAAUUGAUCCUAAAUAUAAUGAUUUGUGUUUUGAGUGUGUUUGCGUUUUUUAAUCAUUGGUUUACUUUGUUCUUUAGUGUUUAUGGAAACAUCUUCACAUUGCUAAUUAAUCAGUUGAUUAAAUAGUGGGUUGACCUCCA